GGCAACCUCUCCAGUAGCAAAAGCUCCACAUAGUGGUGUAAUUAAAAAACACAUUCAGAACACCAGUAAUAAACAUGAUGGUUUUCGUUCAAAAACUGUUGUUGGUACUCCAUUAGACUUACAGUUAAUACGUCGACAUAUGUCUAUCUCUCAACCGCCUGUUGGAACACCAGUUACAUUUUAUUCAAAGGCAAAAAUUUAUUGGAGUCAAGUUCCAGCUACAGUUGAUGGAAUGUUAUCAGGUUAUACUUCGUUAAAUGUCCCAGAUAUUACAGAUUCUGAAAUAUUUCUCGAUGAAUUUGGACCAUCUACUACAGCGUAUGCAUUAGAUUGUGGUGCAGGUAUUGGACGUGUUACUAAACAAUUAUUAUUACCACGUUUCUCUAUUGUCGAUAUGGUUGAAUUAACACAAUCAUUUCUUAAUCAAGCAGAAGAAUAUAUUGGACCUGAAGAUUUUCCUAGAGUUGGUGAACGCUUUUGUAUUGGUUUACAAGACUUCACUCCACCAACUGGUCGUUAUGAUCUAAUUUGGAUUCAAUGGGUGUUAGGUCAUUUAUCAGAUUUAGCUUUGUUGGGCUUUUUAAAACGUUGUGCUCAUGGACUUUCUCCAGGUGGUGUAAUUGUAAUUAAAGAAAAUAUCACUUCACCUGGUGGACACGAUGAAAAAUCAAUCAUGAAUUCAGAAGAAAUCAAUUUUGAUGAAAUCGAUAGUAGUUAUACAAGACCACGAUCAGCUUAUAUAAGUGCGUUUACGGAUACUGGUUUAAAAUUAAUUGGUGAACGUGCUCAAACAAAUUUUCCAUCAUCAUUUUAUCCAGUAAGAAUGUUUGCAUUAUCAUAUGAUGGUGAUCCAAAAUCAUCACCUAAACCACUACCUACUGUAAGUGUCUAAUUUCUUGUUUGUUCUCUGUUUUCUUUUCUUUUUCUUAAAUAAUGCUUCAGCACUAUCGGUACUGAUGUAUGCUUACCUGCUUUGUGUACAUUCAAUUCUUUUCUGUAAAAUGUACAUUUUACUCUUGUCUUUACCUUCAUUCACUUUCUCCUUCUCUCUGUUUCUUCAUUACUACAUCUUGGCCUUUUUCUUGUUUAACAUACAAAAACAUAUCUAUUUGUUCGAGUAUAUCCUUCAUGUUACCACUACGAUAGGAAUGUAUACUACUCUGUGGAUGUAAAAAAAAUAAACAAGAUUAUUUUUCUAUUAAACUAAAAUAAAUAAUUUACUUGACAUUGAUAAAUGUUUUUCUAUUUUUAAAUCUUAUAUUAAUUAUCUUUUCAAAUAAAUUCAUUUAGAUUUGUGCCCACCCCCCUUCACUACAUGCAUAAACAUAUAAAUGUACCCUUUGUAUGUAUGUGUAAUGAAAGAUUAAUAGUCUUCUUUUUUUAUUAUUUUUCCCUUAUACUGCUGUUACACCAGUUCUGUACUUUUCCAUGUAUUUAAAUUGUCAAAAAAAGUUAUCCGUACUGAGAUGACGUUGUCUUGUUUAUAAAAAUGAUUUUUUGGUAUUGAAAAUUAAAUUUUUUUUCAGAUUUGUGUGUGUGUGUGUGUGUGUGUGGAAAAUUAAAUUUAUAUAUAUAUACAUAGAUAUAUACUAUAUUUUACCCUAUGGUAAUCAUUGUUUUUUGCCUAUUACAUAACAACGAAAUUUAUAAGAAUAUUGUUAAUUAUUUCAUAACAGACUUUUUUUCCCUU